ACCAAAGGGAGGCUCCCCCGGACUCAGCGCGGGAUCCGCCGGCCGGGUUUUCCUUCUCUCCCUUCCCUUCCAAAGUCACGGGCGGCUCCGGAGAGGGGAGAGCGCCGCGCAUGCGCAAAUGCGCCCGAGGCCUGAGGCCUGCCCUGACUGGAUUCCGGCGAGGGGUUCCGGGGCUUCGGUCCGGCGUUGAGCCCCCUCGCGUUUUUUCUCUGGCCGGAGGUGGCAGCAAGAAUGUGGAGCCGUAAGAUUUUAUUGUGCCAGUUCUAGUGGCAGAGACAUACAACCUAGACAUGUCUUACCGAGGCACUGAGCGAGACUUCCAAACCUCGGCACGGAGGAUGGGGACCUCUCUGCUUUUUCAGCUGUCGGUCCAUGAGAGAGAACUAGACCUGGUCUUCUUGGACCACAGCUAUGCCAAGCCAUGGAGCGCCCACCCUGAUGCCAGCAAUGCCCGUCCCACUCGUCUGCUGUUCGUCACUCCCAAGAGACACCAAGAUAGCAACGCCAUUGAGGCAGAUGUUCCCAUCGAUGUGGAAACAGUGACGCCCACACCUGUGCCCCUCUACGACAACCAGAAAGCCCGCACUGUGAUGAAUGAGUGUGAGCGCCAUGUGAUAUUUGCCCGCACAGACACUGAUACGCCACCUCCACCUGAUGACUGGGAGGAGCAUAUGAACAGAUCUGGCUGGACAAUAGCCCAGAAUAAGCUGUUCAAUAAAAUCCUCAAAGCUUUGCAGUCUGACAGGCUGGCCCGGUUAGCCAAUGAAGGGGCUUGCAACGAACCGGUGCUCAGGAGGAUAGCAGUGGACAAAUGUGCCCGGCGUGUACGUCAGGCUUUGGCAAGCAUCAGCUGGGAUACCAAGCUGAUCCAGUGGCUUCACUCGACGCUGGUGGAAACCCUUAGUUUGCCUAUGCUGGCUGCUUACCUAGAUGCCCUGCAGACUCUUAAAGGAAAGAUUCCCAUCCUCAUCGAUCGGAUGCUGUUGUCCUCGACUGCGAAGACAGGAGCGGCAGGAGCUGAGGCCCUCUCCCUCUUGCUGAAGCGACCAUGGGAUCCAGCCAUAGGUGUCCUUUCACAUAACAAACCAAGCAAGUUGCCUGGUUCUCCCCUCAUCCUAUUGGCAUCUUCUGGACCCUCCAAUUCAAUGUUUCCCACUUCUCGGCGGCAUCGAUUCUGGCAGUCACAACUCUCUUGCUUGGGAAAGGUGAUCCCUGUUGCUACCCAUUUAAUGAAUAACGGCAGUGGUGUUGGAGUGUUGCAAUGCCUGGAGCACAUGAUUGGUGCUGUGAGAGGCAAAGUUAUGGAGAUCCACAACCAUUUCUCUCACAAACCAGUAAUCCUCAUUGGCUGGAACACAGGAGCUCUGGUGGCCUGUCAUGUUUCAGUGAUGGAGGAUGUCAGUGCUGUUGUGUGUCUUGGGUUCCCUCUCUUAACUGUGGAUGGGCCCAGAGGGGAUGUUGAUGACCCACUUCUGGACAUGAAGACUCCAGUUCUUUUUGUGAUUGGUCAGAACUCCCUUCAGUGCAAUAGUGAAGCCAUGGAAGAUUUCCGGGAGAAGCUUCGAGCUGAGAACAGCCUAGUCGUGGUUGGAGGAGCUGAUGAUAAUCUGAGGAUUAGCAAAGCCAAAAAGAAAUCAGAAGGCCUGACUCAGAGCAUGGUGGACAGGUGUAUACAGGAUGAGAUUGCUGACUUCCUAACUGGAGUGCUCACCCGGGCAGACAGCCAUUCGGGCUCUGACCCUCGGGACCUAGACGCUGAGAAGAAGAAGAAAACGACACGUGAUUUGGCCAGGCGGGAUCUGUCCUUUGACAUGCCAGAAAGAAGCAGCCGGCCGGCCUCCCCUGCAGCCAAGGUCCCGGCUUCACCUUCCGGGUCAGAGGACCUCUCCAGCGUAUCCAGCAGCCCCACCUCCAGUCCUAAGGCUAAAAUGGCCACUGUGUCAUCAGUUCAGAAAUCCAGUCAGAUUGGGGCUACCCAGUUGCUGAAGAGGUCCGUGCAGCGGACAGAAGCUGCUGCAGCAGCGCUGACCCACAAGCAGGCUCAAGCUCAGUUUGCUGCCUUUCUGAAACAAAACAUGCUGGUGAGGAAAUCUCUUCCUCCUGGCACCUCUUCAUGCCUCUUUGUCUCUUCAGAGCAGCAGUCAGAGGCCAGGGAGAAAGAAGAUGUGCGAAUGCAGCUGAAGAGGCACCAGGCCCCCAGUCCAACUCACUGCAGCAAAUCUUCCAAGCGAGCCAAAAUCAAGGUGACCAUCGUCUCCCAUGGAGAAUCUGCUGACACAGGGAAUGGAGCCCCCUUAGAGGCACCGCCAGAAAUAGCUGCAGGGAAGCCUAUUGCUGCAACCUUGGGACCAUCCACCUUGGCUGUAAAGGAGGCGCCUGGAUUGCUUGCCACCUCCAAGCCAAGUUCUGCUGCAGACAGCCCCUCUAUCAGUCCCACCCCCUUGGCCACGAUCCCUAGCAGCACAGCCCCAAGUGCUUUCCAUGCUCUGCAGAACAGGCUGGUGGCAAGUGGCACACAUUGUAUGCAGGCCCAGCCGAGCAACGCUGUCCAAGGGGCAGCUUCUGCCAGCAGCCUCCUGCAAGGCUUGAGCUUCAGCCUGCAGGACAUUGGCACAAAGCCAGCCGCUCUCCCAACAAGUGUUGCUGCUGCUGCUGCUGCUGCAGGGCCUUUGGCUCAGACCUCAGCGCUGAAGACCUCAGCCCCACUCCAGAACCUGAGCACCAUCACCACGAGUACAGGCACCAUCGUCCGCACCAUCCCAGUUGCCACAACCCUGGCAUCUCUUGGAGGCUCAGCAAGUGGGAAGCCCACCACUAUUCACCAGCUGCUUACUAAUGGGGGGCUGGCAAAACUUGCAAGCAGCCUUCCUGGCUUGGCUCACAUCUCUGGUCAGGGGACAGGCUUAAAAGCUCCAACCACCAUCACAGUGACUCUGCGAGGACAGGCCAGCCGAGUCACGACCCUCAGCCAGGCAGCCAUGGGAAGCAUCCAGCCCCAGCUGGAAGAGCAGCAGCAGCUGCUGCUACGGUCCCCCCCACCUCCACCCCAGAUCACAGAUAGUGCAGUUGGAAACUUCACCAGUGCAGCUUCCAGCUCCACUCCUUCCAGCAAGUUGUUGCCUCAGGGGGAACUUGGCAAAGCCAAGGCCGGCAUAGAGAUGCCUCCUGCUGAACCAACAUCUCAAGCAACCUCAGCGCCACCACCAGCACUAUCUGUAGUAACCACCACAAGCCCCAUGAAGACGCUGUAUGUGAUGUCAGAUGCCAAACUGUCUGCACUCACAAAAUCUGUCAUGGCAGAGGCCGCUUCCGUCUCUGUGAAGCCCACAGCAGUCCAAACUGCCGUUGCUUCCUCCAGCUCCUCCUCAGUCCCGGUGGGAGCUGUGACCUUCGCCACCUCCACCCCAGCUAGCACACCCUGCAGCCUUGUGCAUUCCAAAGUGGGACCUGUGUUGCAGACGACAUCCAAGACGGUGAUACUGACUUCUACACUAACAGCCAUGAAGGGUGACCGAGCCCUAGGACAGAGGGUGGAGAAGGUUAAUCUGACCAAAGGUCAUGCGCUUGGGACUGUGGAGACCCUGGGCAGGGUGCCUUCUGUCAUGGACGACAGCAGUACCAUCAUCCACACCAGGGAGAGUCUUGCAAACAGACACUUGCUUCCACAAGGCAUGUUGUCCGCUGGAGCUGGCACCACACUUAUCACAUUGGGCAAUAACUUGACCAGCUCUUCCAUCAUAGCCACAGCUGGGCCUGCUCUCAGCCAGAAGCCAUAGCAAGGAGGCAUCACGCCAGUUUACCAUGGAACUGUUUGGCCUUUGCAAGGGAAGCAGGAGUAUUGUUCUCUCAUUCCUGUCCUCCAUGACAAGAGGACCUUUCAUCUGUUUUGUUCCUUUGUCACUUUUAAUAAACGUAUCUUUUUGUGUACAUAA